AUGGCAGUCCAGUUCGAUGGCGCCAUCGCUUGGAUGGGCGGGACUCCCGCGGCGCCCGACGCGGCGCUGCCUCGGGGAAGCUUCUACGUGCGCCGGGCGUCCUACGAGGGCGGCAAGGCGAGCAGCCUGGUCAGCACUAUCAUUACCAAACUUGUGGGCCCGAGCCUCUGGGGAAAGAUCAGGGCUUUCUGGCACAUGGCCCUUAACCUUACUGACAGAACUGGCUACGUGUCCCAGGUGGAGGACGACGACGUCGAGGAGCUGCGGGUGGCCCUGGCGGGAGUUGCGGUCGGCGCAAUGCCCGCGCAGAAGGUGGUGCCCGCCCGCCGGGGGGGCUUUCUCGCCGUGCUGCUGCGGGCCGUCAGCACCCGGACGUCGCUCUCCGUGCUGGCCGCGCUCGGGGUGCAGGCUGUCAUUAACCUUGCCUGCCAGUGGCUGAUGCGACGCCGACAGCGAUCUGAGACCUUGUGGCGGAAGCACGUGGACCUGAGCGUCGUGCAGGCGUGCCUGUUGACCACAGAGCAUCUGACCUGGGGCGAAUAG